AUGCGGAAGCGCUACUGUGGUAAAUGUAAUCUACCGGUAUAUUUUGCGGAGCUGGUGCAAGCUGCCGGACGAUCGUGGCACAAAAAUUGUUUCCGUUGUGCAAAAGCGGAAUGCGGCAAAUUCAUGGAUAGUCGAUCGUACAAUGAUCACAAAGACCAGCUCUACUGUAAUCACUGCUAUAAAUAUCUGUUUGGGCCUAAAGGUGUCGGUUACGGUAUUGGUGCCGGAGUCUUAUUUACAGCCAGUGGCAAAUGCAAAGAUUCAAAUGAACGAAGUGAAUUCGACAGCGGUGCUUCUAGUGAAAGACGACAUGCAAUAAUGGAGACAAAUCAGUCAUAUUUAAUUCCCAACUUUUGUAACACAACUAGGAAGAGCGGAAAUGCUAUUACAAGUGCUGCAGUCACUUGCCGCAGAUGUUCAAAAAAAGUAUACGAUGCUGAAAAAAUAUUAGCAGGCGGUAUGGCCUGGCAUUAUGAUAAAUGUUUUGUUUGCGAAAUUUGCAAAAAAUUACUGGAACCGAGAACAGUAUGCGUUCGAUGUGGUGUCUUAUAUUGCAACUCUUGUUAUGCAAAAGAAUUUGGACCUCAAGGCUAUGGUCGUGGCGUCGGUGCCGGAAUUUUGCAAACUCGUAGGCAUUGCAGAGGACUUCAAUGGUAA